CAUCAUCGUGGUUAUGCUUUGGAGGCAUCGUAACGGCAGCAGCAGCAGAUGUAGCACCAACCAACCACCCAACCGCUAAAACAGAAACGCUUAACAAGAAGACGCAGCUUUGCAGUUCGUUCGUGUGCUUUUUUCCAUUUCAUUCGUUCGUUUCGUUUUUUGGCUCAGUGGAGAAAGAAGAAAUUUUCUGUUAUGUGUGUGUGUGUUUUUUUAUCGCUUGCCUGCAUGCGAAGUAAUUCGCGUUGAGAAAGCAGGUGUAUUGAACAUUCUGCGGUUACCCAUGGCACGAAAUAGACGCGCGCGCGCAUUCACACACGACGUUAUUUCAAGCAAAACGAAUCAAUUGAAUUGAAACUAGAAACGAAAAAAUAAUUACAAAAAAACCCAAACUCCAAGGAAAAAAUAACAGUUGUGGAAAUUUCAAAAUUUUUUGAAAUUUAAUUUGAAUUUUUUGAAAAAAAAAAAAAACCGAAAAAAGUGUUGGAAAUGUCAAAAUACAGAAAAUAAUGAAUUUGAAGUAAAUGGAUUAAAAAAGGCACCACAACAAAAACCUUUAAAGGAUAUUAAAAGGAUAUAUGGCAAAAACAAAUCAAAAGAGUGUCCCAAAUUGUAUCAAAAAAGUGUGAACCUACAAAACCUCCAGUGCAACUCGGCAAAAGGACUUUUUAUCCUUAAAAAAAAUAAAUUAAAGUGUAUUAAACUUGCAAUGUAAAAGAGUUUCAUUCUUUAAAAAAAAUUUAAAAUAUUCCAAUUUCAUUAUCUCUCUCAAAACGCCCAUGCGUGUGUGCCUGUAACAAACAAUCACCCUGACGAAUUUAUUAUAACACCCAUUGCCACUUUUGUUGUUGUUGCUGCUGCUGUGCUCUAGGCUGAGCCUACAGAUUUGUUUUCUGCCACCUAAUCUCAAAGCGAAGCGAUAAGAAAAUCAAAACUACAACAUUUCAAUUGAAUUUGGAUUGAACCCCCCAUUGCUUUGGUGGCUUCGAAAAAACGCAGAUUUCUUUCACACAUACUGACCGACUUUUCCCAAAACCAUUGAAGAUGAGAUUGAAAAAAGUGUCAUUAACAAUUGCGUUAUGUUUUCUAAUGCAGCUUGCUUUAGCCGACGAUGGAGAUGUGGUUAAGGGUAACGAAGAAAUAUCCGAUCACGACAAUGAAGUGGAUCAAGUUGCCUUGGAAUCUGAACCUGAACCGCAACAACAACAGCCACAAAAGGUGCACUAUCAACACAAUAUGCAACAACAGGCACCGCCCCAGGGGCCCGGACCGGCCAGAACAACUUUUUAUGUUAUUACAGGCAAUAAUCAGGGCAUACCAUUGGCGUUGGGUCAACCGUUCGGCCCACCGCCACCUCCGUCACAGCUCGCCUAUCAAGGACCACCACCACCGUUGCCACCUCAAAGACCACCACCAGCUCCCGUGCACGUGCCCCAGGCAUUGCCCGAUUUAAGUGUGGGUGCUUCCAGUACCAAUGAGAUUUGGUCAUCCCCGGUGCAGGAUAUGGCUAAAAUCAUUUCCCUGGAUGUAAAAUGUGAAAAGAAUGGCAUGAAAGUAUUUGUCCAAUUCGACAAACCCUUCUAUGGCAUUGUAUUCUCCAAGGGCCAUUACAGCAACAUGAAUUGUGUCCACUUGCCCUCGGGAUUGGGUCGGGCCUCGGCCACCUUCGACAUUGGUUUACACGAGUGUGGCACAUCGGGAAAUACUGAGAACGGCCUUUAUGGCUAUGGCCAUGAGUCGGGAUCUGGCACCUAUUUUGAGAACAUCAUUGUCAUACAAUACGAUCCUCAGGUGCAAGAGGUGUGGGAUCAGGCCCGUAAAUUGCGUUGCACCUGGCACGAUCAAUACGAGAAAAGUGUGACAUUCCGUCCGUUCCCUGUCGACAUGUUGGAUGUGGUGAGAGCAGACUUUGCCGGCGACAAUGUAGGAUGUUGGAUGCAAAUUCAAGUUGGCAAAGGGCCUUGGGCUUCGGAGGUCUCAGGUUUAGUAAAGAUUGGACAGACCAUGACCAUGGUUUUGGCCAUUAAAGAUGAUGAUUCGAAAUUCGAUAUGUUGGUAAGAAAUUGUGUAGCCCACGACGGAAAACGUGCACCCAUACAAUUGGUUGAUCAACGGGGAUGUGUUACCAGACCAAAACUGAUGUCUCGCUUCACCAAAAUCAAAAACUUUGGAGCCUCCGCUUCGGUACUGUCCUAUGCCCAUUUCCAAGCUUUCAAAUUUCCCGAUUCCAUGGAAGUCCACUUCCAGUGUACCAUACAAAUUUGUCGCUAUCAAUGUCCUGACCAGUGUUCUGACCCCAAUCUUCAGGAAGUUCAUCAUUUACAAGUUGGCCCCGAAUCUCAAUACGGCCCACCACCACCCCAGCUGCAUGUAGACACCUAUCAUGUGGGCAGUUCCAUUGGCAAGCGAAGAGAUGAACGUCGUGUACAACGUCGCGCCCGUGCCGUCGAUCCCAAUGAACCUCAGGUUGGUUUGAAUCGCAUCAUCAAAGUGGUGUCCUCUGGUGACCUGACAUUUGCCAUUGAUGAAAAUGCCAAUGCCACCGCUUCAGCAGCAGCCCAAACAAUGGUGUUUCCAGCUAGAGAAGAUGGUCUCAUCUGCAUGACCACGCCUGGCUUUGCGAUAACACUUAUCGUACUUCUGGGCAUUUUGGUAACAUCGUGCCUUAUUUCGGCGGUCCUUUAUAUACGAUUAAGGCCGUUCUCAUCGAUUUCGAAGAAGGAAAGGGCAGUGGCAUUUACAAAUCCUCAAUUGUCGGGAACAUUGCCAGUCAUACAAAUACCUCCACCGCCACCAUCAAGUCAUCAUGGUACUCUAUCGAAGGCAAGAACGCAUACAUAGAUAUCUAGUACAAAUCAGAAAAUGAAAGAAAAUCAGCCGAACAACAAAAACCAACAACAAAUGUAGGGUGUUUUUAUAGUCAGAAAUGUGGCAAUAUGUGUGGCAACUGUGUUGUCGCUGAUGACCACUUUUUUGAUAGUCUUAAAAAAAUAGUUCAUGGGCAUGGCAAGUAGGUCCUAGGGCGAAUGAUUAAAAGUGAGGAGGUUAAAAUUCAUAAUUCAUAGAAGACUGUUUGAUUAAUUUAAGCAUUGGCUUAAUGUGAAAAUAUUUCCAAAACUUCGGAUUUUUUAUGAAAUGUGUGAAAAAAUAAUUUUUAAAGUGGGAGAAAAGAUGAACUUACCUCUAACCCACAAAAAUUUCCAAAUAAUUUUAAUCUUUAAUCGAAUUACCGAUUUUUUCGAAACUUAAUCCUAUUUCAAAGGUUUCUUAUUUCAUUGCAGUGUACCUUUUAAUAAGAUAAAUUUCAGAUAAAUCCACAUAUACUGGAAAAAAAUAGAGAUAUUCAAAGACCAUAGUAAUAGUUUCGUGUAUUUCCCUGAUUUAGAUCUACAACAAUUAAUCAUGAGUAUUGUAGUCCUCAUUAUAUAAAAGAUUCUAUCAUAAAAAAAUCUCAAACGGUAUUCCCCGAAAUGUUCACAGUAACUGGAGUGUUUGAAAGUAACAUAGGUUAUAUUUUUCGCAAUUCAGUGGUGUGGGAUACUUUCCGCACGCCUCCUGUUUAAGGGUGUUGGUAGAGAUACUGGGAUGUGAGAAAUUUGAAAAUAAUCGGUCGCUAAUUUCACAUUUGAACGAGCGUUUUGUUAUUUAACAUUUUUGACCGCUUUUUUAGUGGGUAGUAAAAGGUGUGGGCUCACACCAGAUCUUGUGUUUGUAAAAAUAUUUGGAUGUGUGAAAUUUUAAGAGAAUUUGCCAUUCUGUUAUCUUCUGAUAAGUAGGUAAAAUUUCUUUUGUUAUCAUAAAAAAAAAUCUUUUAUUUAAACCCUUGAAGAGAUUUAUCUAUAUAGGUCCACGAUAUGUCCCCCAUAUAAUGGUACCUCCCCGUAUUUGGUAUUUUUAUGAUUUUAGCCAAAUUUUCAAUGGAAUUGUCUGAGAAUCAACACAAGGAGUUGCUUCUGAAUACUUUAGCCCCUGAAAUAGAACUGUCUAUAUAAGUCCACGAUAUUGUCUAAGCAGUUCCACGUCUGUGUAUAGCUAACAUAUAACGGUUUUCGUUCAAAAGGUAUUUUUCGACGAAUAUGUUUUUAAUUUUCAAGUUUCUUCCCAACGGUGGAGGGUAUAAAAAGUUCGGCCUGGAACUUCGCUGCUUUUUUAUUUGUUAAUAAUAACAUCUUUAAGAAAAAUGUACAAUUAAUGGCUGAAAAUUCAAAACAUCACACUGUUUCCAAAUUCUAUAAAUAAAAUUUGAAACUGUGUCCAUAUUUUUCGAUACCCUUUUAAAAUACAUUUCUG